GGGCAGCGGCGCCGGGGGCUGCGGGUGCCGCAGUCGGGCAGCGUCCGGAGCGCGUUCGUCAGCGGCACCGGGAGCCGCCGCCCCGCCCCGCCCGGGACCGCCGGUGAGCGCACGGGGGAAACGUGGGGACGUGGGGCACGGAGCGCGAGGGGGCCGGGACUGGGAGGGACGGGGGGGAGCGGGGCCGGGCCGGGCCUCGGGGCGCGCUGGGCCUCAGCCCAGGGAGGUCCGUGGAGGCCCCGAGCUGCGCGCGGACGCCGGGUGCUCCGGGGCUGCCCUGCGGCCGGCGGUGCCGUGGGGGUCCUCCCGGAGCCCCCGCCCGUGGCUCCCCGCGCUCCCGGCCGUCGUUAGAGGGUUCCGGAGCUGGCCAGGAUGGCGCAGUGGAACCAACUGCAGCAGCUCGACACGCGGUACCUGGAGCAGCUCCACCAGCUUUACAGCGACAGCUUCCCCAUGGAGCUGCGGCAGUUCCUGGCCCCGUGGAUUGAGAGCCAGGACUGGGCAUACGCUGCCAACAAGGAGUCGCAUGCCACGCUGGUGUUCCACAACCUGCUGGGGGAGAUCGACCAGCAGUACAGCCGCUUCCUGCAGGAAUCCAAUGUCUUGUACCAGCACAACCUGCGGCGCAUCAAGCAGUUCCUGCAGAGCAGAUAUUUGGAGAAGCCGAUGGAAAUAGCCCGCAUUGUGGCUCGCUGCCUGUGGGAAGAGUCACGGCUCCUCCAGACAGCUGCCACUGCAGCCCAGCAAGGGGGACAGGCGACACAUCCAACAGCAGCUGUAGUGACAGAAAAGCAGCAGAUGCUGGAACAGCAUCUGCAGGAUGUAAGGAAGAGAGUGCAGGAUCUGGAGCAGAAGAUGAAAGUGGUGGAGAAUCUCCAGGAUGACUUUGAUUUUAACUACAAGACUUUGAAAAGCCAAGGAGACAUGCAGGAUCUGAAUGGAAACAAUCAGUCAGUGACACGUCAGAAAAUGCAGCAGUUGGAACAGAUGCUCACAGCACUGGACCAGAUGCGAAGGGGUAUUGUGAGUGAGCUGGCAGGACUGCUGUCAGCCAUGGAGUAUGUGCAGAAGAUGUUGGCAGAUGAGGAGUUGGCAGACUGGAAGAGACGGCAACAAAUUGCCUGCAUUGGUGGCCCACCAAAUAUCUGCUUAGACCGGCUUGAGAACUGGAUAACCUCUCUUGCCGAAUCACAACUACAGACUCGGCAGCAGAUCAAGAAGCUGGAGGAGCUGCAGCAGAAGGUGUCCUACAAGGGUGACCCAAUUGUCCAACACCGGCCCAUGCUGGAGGAGCGGAUCGUGGAGCUGUUCAGGAACCUGAUGAAAAGUGCUUUCGUGGUGGAGAGGCAGCCCUGCAUGCCCAUGCAUCCUGACCGGCCUCUGGUCAUCAAAACCGGCGUGCAGUUCACCACCAAAGUCAGAUUGUUGGUGAAGUUUCCAGAGCUGAACUAUCAGCUGAAAAUCAAAGUCUGCAUUGACAAGGACUCUGGUGAUGUUGCAGCACUUCGGGGGUCCCGGAAGUUUAACAUCCUGGGGACAAACACCAAGGUCAUGAACAUGGAGGAGUCAAACAACGGCAGCCUUUCAGCAGAGUUCAAGCACCUGACACUGCGGGAACAGCGGUGCGGUAAUGGAGGCAGAGCCAACUGUGAUGCCUCACUGAUUGUGACUGAGGAGCUGCAUCUCAUCACCUUUGAGACUGAGGUGUACCACCAGGGGCUGAAGAUCGAUCUGGAGACCCACUCACUGCCUGUGGUUGUCAUCUCGAACAUCUGCCAGAUGCCUAAUGCCUGGGCAUCCAUCCUGUGGUACAACAUGCUGACCAACAACCCCAAGAACGUGAACUUCUUCACCAAGCCACCCAUUGGGACGUGGGACCAGGUGGCAGAGGUGCUGAGCUGGCAGUUCUCCUCUACCACAAAGCGUGGUCUCAGCAUUGAGCAGCUGACAACCCUGGCAGAAAAACUUUUAGGGCCAGGUGUGAACUACUCGGGCUGUCAGAUCACCUGGGCCAAGUUCUGCAAGGAGAACAUGGCAGGCAAAGGCUUCUCUUUCUGGGUCUGGCUGGACAAUAUCAUUGACUUGGUGAAAAAAUACAUCCUGGCUCUGUGGAAUGAAGGGUACAUCAUGGGGUUCAUCAGCAAGGAGCGGGAGCGAGCCAUCCUGAGCACCAAGCCCCCAGGAACCUUCCUCCUGCGCUUCAGCGAGAGCAGCAAGGAGGGUGGCAUCACCUUCACGUGGGUGGAGAAGGACAUCAGUGGAAAGACUCAGAUCCAGUCUGUGGAACCUUACACCAAACAGCAGCUGAACAGCAUGUCGUUUGCGGAAAUCAUCAUGGGCUACAAAAUCAUGGAUGCCACCAACAUUCUGGUGUCUCCCCUGGUGUACCUGUACCCAGACAUCCCAAAAGAGGAGGCAUUUGGGAAGUACUGCCGCUCUGAGAGCCAGGAACACUCAGAAGCUACUGACUCAGGUAGUGCUGCUCCGUAUCUGAAGACAAAGUUCAUCUGUGUCACCCCCACCUCCUUCAGCAAUACCAUUGACCUGCCCAUGUCCCCGCGCACCCUUGACUCACUCAUGCAGUUUGGCAACAGUAGCGAGGGAGCAGAGGCCAAUGCAGGAGGCCAGUUCGAGUCGCUGACCUUCGACAUGGAGCUGACCCAGGAGUGUGCUUCCUCACCAAUGUGACACGCUGUGCUGGCGCCUGCAGGACCUGCACGGCUCCGAAUCAUUCUUGGUCACAUUUGCUCUGGGCCUUUUCUCGGGAGGAGCUGGGGGCUGUGAUCCUUGCCACUGAUUCCUUGUUUUACCCAAGCGAACAGACGCCUCACUGCUGUGGUGCUGUUUGCCUCUUUGGGGGAAAGGGGUUGAACCUUUUUCUAUUUCCUUCCAUAACAGAUUUUUUAUUAUUGUUUUGCUCAUUCAAGUGCCUAUUAGCCUCCGAUUGCAGCCUCAGUUUUUACAAAUGCUUCUGCAGCCCCUGCCCUGCUGCCUGCUGUUGAAAGCUGCUUUCUUGACUGCCAGUGUCUGGAAGCCCACGGUCCCGUGAGCCUGGAGCCGAGAGGGCAGCAGCCAGACCCAGUCUCCCUGCGGGUGAUCUGCUGUGCUGUGCAGCAGCUGCCCAGCAGCCCUCAGAACCUGCAGAGGGAUCUCAGCUCUGUUUUCCCUUCGCCCCACCUGUGGCCCACAGGGACAGUGAGUGGCUCUGUGCUGCAGGGUGGAAGAGCCCAGGGGUGAUGUGGAGGGCUUUACUGUGCUCUACCAGGAGCAGGGAGUUUCAGGGCUUACUGCUGCCUUCCUGCUGUGGGCAGAGACAGGGCUGGAUCCAGCAGCCCUGGGCACCACUGCUUUCCCUAUUCUAGUGCUCUGGGGAAGGGCAGGGAGGUGUCCUGGCAGCAGUGUGUGCGUGUGAGCACACGUCUGCAUCUCGGGUCCUUUUUAGGACCAGGAGGCCGUUCCUGACCCGGGAUGGCGCCUUGGCCAGACUUGUGACAGGAGUACAACUGCACUCCCCUGUGCAGUGAGACCUUUCAGACGAGGGGAGCAGGGGCUGCUGCUGUCCAGUAUGCCCUGCAGUGGGUGACUGGGCUCUCUGGUACAGCACAUGAUGUCCCAGGCAGUGGGUUUGCAGCUUCUCAGGGGCUUUGUGUGGCACUUUAUUGGAGGUUGGCUGUCACUGUUAAGUUAGGAGGUGGCAAGAGUUGAAGGAAGAAGGGUGGACAAAGGAAGAGGAAUCUGCUGGGGGGCAGCAGCAGCCAUGGGUGUGUUGGUGCUGCAGGCGGCAGGCUCCUUGCUCUGGAGGUCAGGGAGGGCUGGGAGCUGUGCUGACUGAUGGCUGUUCUGUACUUACCCAAGUGUAGGGAACCCUCCCCUCCUUUCCGGGUAUGGGCUUUGGUUCCAUCCCUGAGCGGAAAUGGAAGGGGGCCGCAGUGUGAGGGUCGUGUUCUUCCCCAGCGCAGCAGGAUGCCCCAUGCAGUAAGGUGGGGGCAUGGGGCAGCACAAGGCAGGGCUGUGGGACCCAGCAGCUGUGGGUAACACCAGCAGAGAAACUUCUGGGCACCAGCACAGGGCUGUAAUGGUGUUGGUGCUCUGGCUGGAGAUGCUGUGUUGUCUGUACCCAUGGCAGUGCUGUGGUGCAGGGGGACCCCGUCCAGCAUCUUCAGUGCAUGGCUCCAGCUUUUCUACCCAGAAACGACACUGGGAUGCACAGACGGCCCUCCUGCACCUGUGGGCUGCAUUGCUCCAGGUCCAUCAGCUGUGCAGGGAGCCGGGGCAGCACCAAAGGCAGCAUCCCCCUGUGCCCCCUCACUGGGGGGAGGGGACUGCAGCCCCUGGGCAGCACCGGGCACGGUGUGAGGGCAGGACAGGGGUCUGGGGGCUGCCCACGGGCACAGGACAGCGGCCCCCUGCAGUCGGUAGAUGCUCAGAGGGAGCAAGGCCUGUUGCUUGUCCCCGUGCUGCCGUGUCACUGCCUCCAGCUGCCGUCGGCGGAGCCCCUGGGCCACAUUCAAUACUGUAAAAAUUUUAUUUUUUUGUAUAUUUUAUUGCUGUAUCUACAGGCUUCGACUUUCUCCAAAUAAAGGCUCUGAAGCA